GUGGAUAAGAGGUCCCGGACAAACCCAUCUAUUAAACCUGACCCCUCUCUCUCUCUCUCUCUCAAACCUUCGAGCAUCACCAUGUUGCUCCUCUAGGGCUACAAUUCUGGUUUUUGAAGAUGGUUGGAAGUGGAUGCUCCCUGGUCUAUGGGAGUGUUUGCAUGAAGUACAAGGAAUAUAACCCCAAGUGUUACAGCUUUGCACCAGCAUGUAUUUCUGAUUUGCCUCCCAAAUCCGUAUGUCGUCAGGAUCUAAAAUCCCACUUUACCAGAGGAAUUCCAUUCUCGCUUCUCUCUGCUGCAUCAUCACCACUUUUAAGUGGUGAACUAGGUGGCCUUUCGUAUACUCUACCAAAGUUACCCACGCGUCAUCGAUUUUUAAUGUCUCCAAGGGCAUCCAAGGAUGUCCCUUAUAGUUACCGAUACCCUGCAAUGACCAAGAAGCCAAGAUGGUGGUGGAGGACUUUAGCAUGCCUUCCUUAUUUGAUGCCACUUCAUGAAACAUGGAUGUAUGCAGAGACAGCAUAUCGUCUCCAUCCCUUUUUGGAGGAUUUCGAGUUUUUGACCUACCCUUUCUUGGGAGCUAUUGGGAGAUUGCCCAGCUGGUUCUUGAUGGCAUAUUUCUUCGUUGCGUAUCUUGGAGUAGUGAGGAGAAAGGAAUGGCCUCAUUUCUUCAGGUUCCAUGUGGUGAUGGGCAUGUUGUUGGAGAUUGCCUUACAGGUGAUAGGGACUGUGAGCCGUUGGAUGCCACUUGCUUUCUAUUGGGGUAAGGUCGGUAUGCAUUUUUGGACUGCAAUUGCAUUUGCUUAUCUUUUUACAGUAUUGGAGUGUAUAAGAUGUGCUCUUGCUGGGAUGUAUGCUGACAUUCCAUUUGUGUGUGAUGCGGCAUACAUUCAAAUCCCUUACGAUUAAUGAUUGUAAAGGUUGGAGGUUUUUCUUAGCGGGAAUUUUGUGUUGGCUUUUUGUUGAAGUAGAACUUCAAAAAUGCUUGAGUAACAGGUGAUUUUCAAUGUCUCGUUUUGCUUAUUUGUUUGAAUUCUGUAAAACUUGCCUCAUAUGAAUGUGAAUUGUUGGUAUGGCACUCCCUGUUUCUCUGUUUU